CUUCCUUUUUCUCCCCUGCAGCCGAACAAGAAGCAAGCUGCCUUGAAGAAAAAUCGAAUUUUCGGAUCUGCUCUGCUCUGUCCAUCCGUCGGCUGCUCUUGCUUAUGGGUGCGAAUUUCCCUGAUUUUUCGAUUCCCCCUAAAUUUUCUACACUUCCCGCCGGCCUUCCCAAGCCACAGCUCCGGUUCUUGAUUGUUCUGUCACCCCAACAUUUGGAGUGAAUUUUCUGUGUUAUGUGAUUUGAGGUAAGUAAAUUAUGGUAACGCCUUCCCAUUUUAAGGCACAUUUUAGCUUGUUUUUGAAGUGGUGGCGGGACUAAACCCAUUUUACACAAGUAUGAUCGAUUUGAAAUGAAAUUAUUAUUAUUUUUAUUGAUUAGAGCAUGCCUUCUUGGAGUUUACUUAACUGCCCUGAUGAUCUGAAAAUGAUUUGUGAAUUAUGAUUUUCCUGUUAACUUCUGCCUGUUUUGUCUCCAAUAUGGUCAUGUUAUUCGUGUGCCCGCUAGUGGGAGGUUUAUAAACGCUAGCACAUGUC